GGGAGAAAGGCAAUGAUCGUGCAGUUUGGUCGGAUCAAGAUAUGUUUGCCCUCAUUGAAUAUGUCAAGAAGGAGGGCAAGGAGGCAGGGGGAAAGGGCACCAGUUCAAGCCUGCUUUCUGGACCAAUCUCAUACCACAACUUGCAUUAACAAUGAAGGCAGGUGCACCGAAGAAUGCUGCAAGCAUUGGACGUAAAUGGAAGAAUCUCAAGACCGAAUUCAAUCGUGUGUGGACCCUGACAACUCUAUCUGGUGUUGGGUUUGCUCCUCAAAACAAGAACCACAUUGACGAGACCAACAAGGCUGUCUGGGAUGCCUUGAUUGAAAAAAACCCUAAAAAGAACUAUUGACACUAUGCGGAAAAUGGGUGGGCCUUCUACGGGGGCAUGCAGGAUAUUAUGCCUAGUAAAGGCAAAGGUACACAUGCAUUCCAUGCUGAAGAGGAGGUUACUGGUAAUAUGGACGUCACAGAAGGGGAAGAAGGGGGAGAAGGGGGAGGGGAUGAAUUAGAUGGGCCUGAUGAUGAUGUAGACGACAAUAUUGAGAUGCAUGAAGGUACUAGCAAUCAUACCUUAGCCUGUGACCAAACAUCUUCGUCUAAGACCAGCGCUGUGGUCAAUUUUAUUGCUACAACUUCUUCAGCUGUGCCCCCAUCCAUACAAUCUGUACCGUCUUCAGUUGCAUGCCCAUCCGUGUCACCAUCUAUGUCGCCUACCAAGCGCAAGUCAUUUGCUGUUGAUGGUACAACAGGGACCCCAUCAAUCACUCUGUCCCGCUCUUCAAAGAGUGCCCGUUUGUCAGGCCUCUCGAUCUUCAAUGGGAUGAGAG